ACUUUGAUAAACAUUUACGUCGAAGAUGGCGGAGACGGCGAUUCUAGGGUUCCUCCAGAACAACGAAUCAAUCCCUGAUUCCGGUCAAUUCGCAGCGGAGCACAAUCUCGACCACGAAGAAGUCAAAAACGUCAUCAAGAGCUUACAAGGUUUCCGCUACAUCGAAGCUAAGGAGCUUAAACGGGAGACAUUGGUUUUGACUGAUGAAGGGAAGAAGUAUGCGGCGGAAGGGUCGCCGGAGAUUCACUUUUUCUCGGCUAUUCCUGAGGAAGGAAGCAUAUCAAAGGAUGAUCUUGAGAAAAAGCUAGAUCCUUCUGUUUUCAAAAUUGGGAGUACGCAAGCUGCUAAAAAGAAGUGGGUUGCUAUGGGGAAGCAAGUCUCUAGGAAGGUUCAACAUGUUGAAGAUAAAGUGAAGGAGUCUCUUUUACAAAUACAACAAGGACUGGAACUUGAUAAAGAAAGUCUUAACUCUCUCAAAACCAGGAAACUCAUAGUAACACAGGGAUGGAUUGGAUAUUCUGAUAUACAGAAAGGUCCCAGUUAUGCUCCCAAAAGGAAGAUUUUUGCUACUGACUUGACUCGUGAAAAUCUACAGAACUGGAAAGAGUUGGAAUUCAAGGAGUAUAACUUCAAUGCUAAGGGACAACCUCUUGAGGCAGGGCAUCUCCAUCCCCUUCUUAAGGUGCGGAAGCAGUUCAAAGACAUAUUCUGUCAGAUGGGAUUUGAAGAGAUGCCAACAAACAACUUUGUGGAGAGCAGCUUCUGGAAUUUCGAUGCGCUUUUCCAGCCUCAGCAGCAUCCUGCUCGUGACUCUCAUGACACCUUCUUUCUAAAAGCUCCUUCGACGACAAGAGAAUUACCGGAAGAUUAUGUUGAAAGGGUGAAACAAGUUCAUGAGUCUGGUGGAUAUGGAUCGCGCGGGUAUAACUAUGAAUGGAAAAGAGAAGAAGCAAACAAAAAUCUUCUCCGUACACACACAACUGCAGUCUCGUCUAGGAUGCUUUAUGCGCUCGCAAAGGGACCUUUCACUCCCAAGAAGUACUUUUCAAUAGACCGUGUCUUCAGAAACGAGGCUGUUGACCGAACCCAUCUGGCAGAGUUCCAUCAGAUUGAAGGUUUGAUCUGUGACCGUGGUCUGACAUUGGGCGAUCUCAUUGGUGUACUGCAAGAGUUCUUCAGACGAUUAGGGAUGCCCCAGCUGCGUUUCAAGCCUGCAUACAACCCAUACACUGAACCAAGCAUGGAGAUUUUCAGCUACCAUGAAGGACUAGAGAAAUGGGUAGAGAUUGGAAACUCAGGCAUGUUCAGACCCGAGAUGCUACAACCAAUGGGUCUCCCAGAGGAUGUUCGAGUCAUUGCAUGGGGUCUUUCUCUUGAAAGACCGACAAUGAUCUUAUACGGCAUUGACAACAUCCGUGAUCUGUUUGGACACAAGGUGGAUCUUGAUCUCAUCAAACGGAAUCCCAUCUGUCGCGUUGGAAUUGAAUCAAGUUGA